AUGCUUCUUGGACGGAGGUCGCGUUGGGAAGUUCGAGGUCGGUUUUUAUUGUCCAAAAAAGCGUUCUCCUUCUUGAUGUACAACCUCCUCGUAGUGUACAACUACAAAUACAACUUUAUUUUACUAUUUUUUAGUUGUACUCUACUUCUAUCUUUACUAAAUAAGAGUAGAGUAGAUGAUGUGCUGUAUUUUCAUCUUCAACAAGAUCGAUCUCAUACUAGCGAUAGAGUAGUAAAUAGAUGUCCUCGUUCUAAGCCGCGCAGUAGAAGCUAUUCACAUGCCGGAAGGUUAUCUGGUAGAGCUGCGUGAGGACUGAGAAGUGGAGUUAUUGAGAAGAAGUUGUUGAACAACUUGAACUUUUUUCAAUUAUCUUCUUCCUCUUCUUACAGAUGCAUGGGCAAUUUUUUCGGAGUCAGGACGAGCUCGAUGGACCUGCAAGAUGAUCCUCGAUGUUAAUCUUGGCGCUCACGACGCGCACAUGUAUUUUUAGAAUUUACUGAGAAAAUUGAUCUAAUCUUUUUUUAUCUCGCGUCACGGUGCCGCCGGGCGUAGGGAACAAACGGCAACUACGGCCGCGGGGAACGAUGAGCCCUGCGGAAGCGCCGUGAUGAUUGUUGUACUACUUAGGUGCUUUGAACAAUGGCUGCACUAUCACUCGAGAGGUUGUAUUAUAACAAGAUUUGAAUAGAGUAGCAGUAGGGAAGAUUAUGAUCAACAUGAAUGUAAAUGUAUGCUAUUUUCUUAUUCCGCCUACGCCUGGGUCUUGGCACUUAUACUUCUAAGAUAAUGUUGGACGAGGAGCAAUAAAUAGCGGGACAUCUCCUAGCGCGCGCGAACAUAAGUAAUAAUAAUAGCAGGGGUUCAUUGUUUUUAGGGUUUACAAUAAAGAUUUAAAGUAAUUAGGAGCUUAACUCUUAAUUUUUUCAGAUCUUUCUCGACGUUUUUCUCUUAAACAUAAAUACUAUAUAAGACAUCUACUAAAACUGCCGAAAAGGAAAAAGGUGUCACUCACCUGGUACUCCUGCUGAUCUUGAAUCUAAUAACUUCUUGUUUUUCCUUUGGUUAACUAUGGAUUAUUAUUAUUCCUGAUCCAAAAACUUAGCUAUGUCACAUCAUCCAUCCACCGAAUUGCACCUCAACGAAAAUAGGAUUUUGUGCAAUUAGCUGUGCAGGCAGAGAUGUAUUUUUAGAGUGACACUGGAAGCACGGAGCGCGUGUCUCUGAGCCAACAGAU